AUGCUCUAUCUAGGCUGGCGGUACAAAGUGUCUGUCGAGAUUGCUGGCUCAGCAAGUGUAAAAGGAAAUUUCAAGGUUUCUUUAUCUGGAACACUAUAUGAAAUUUACAAGGGACUCAUCACACCUGGCAGCACAUACACGGCUUUCAUUGACCAGAAUAAAAAUCUUGGGACUGUCACUGGAGGGUUAUUUAUGUGGCACAGUGACCUCUCUAAUUUUUUUUUCUCAACUAAAUUAUUGGCUAAAUCUGUGACAGUGCAAUAUGGGAAAGAUGGUACCACGACUACAGUCUGUGGAUUGUAUAGAACAAUAAAAAACGAUUAUCAGCUUAUUGAUAGUUGUUUAUAUAAAGAUUACUUUGCUGACUGAAUAAAACUUAUUUAAAAACAAGAAAGAAUUUUGUUUUUUAAAUUAU